AUGGGUUGGUGGUACGUUAGGAAACAGUUGGGUGACAAAAGUUCAUUUAUGUGGUACAACAAAAUAUAUAAAUCCCUUAAACUGAGCAGUUUUGUAAACUGCCAAUACAUAUUUUACUCGAAUUUUAAUAAAAUAACGAAGCAAUGGUGGGGAGCUACUCACUUUAGAGUCGGAAGUAGGAAUCAGCCGAGGCCGAAUAAAGGAUUUAAACUCAGCCAGUUUGAUUCAAUAGGAAAGACGGUUGAGUAUUUCAGAAGAAAUAGGUGGUGGAAGCGCCUACGAAGAGGCAACAUAGCAAAUGCAAUCAAUUCGAUAAAAAAUGAUGAAAAAAACAUAGUAAUAAAGCACACAUACGAAUAUAAACUUACAAAACAGAGUAAAUGUGUCAUUGUAGUUACAUCGAGAGAUAUAGAAAAACUCGAAAGAGGAGAAGUGAAAAUGCCAAAAAAAGAUUUGUCAAUCAUAUACAAGAGAAGAGGAGAUACAUAUAAGGAAAAGUUGCCGCUAAAAGGGCAAAAAAAAAUGCAAGAAGAUGUUAACAGUAAUCACCUGUUGAUUAACAUGGAAAACAGUAAUAGAAGAAGGGCGAGAAGGACACCCUUGGGUUUUCCGAUCUUCAGACAACGCAGACUUUCAGGAGAGUCGCAGGGCGAGGUAGAAGCGAAUCCAGACAGACCAGUGGAAGUAUGCCUGUACAUAGCGCUAGUGUUCGUCCUAAUGCUGAUACUGGGAUUGAAUUUCAUCCCCUGGGCAGAAACGCCGUCACUGCAAGGGGGCCCAGUGCUAUUUAGCACAUACUACACCUCGAAGUAUAACCUGUGUCUGACCUACGAGGACAAAAAUGCAGUAACCGGAGGAGAAGUGGGAGGAAGGGAGAAGGAGUGCAUCGACGGAGACGUCGACAUAACGCUGCUCUACAAGGACGUGGCCCUCGAGGGCUACUACAGAGUGUACGCAGUCUUCUCCUUCGAGCUGGACUACCAGGGCAAGUGGUACGCCCCGUGGAAGAAGAAGCACUUCUUCUCCUCGAAGAACAAAGAUAAGCGCCUGGUGAUAGGCCUGAGUAACCUAAUACACCAGGGCACCAUGAGAGCAACCAACGCGGAAGAGGCCCUAGAAAAUAUCUGGGACUACACAUACUUGAAAAACAUGAACGCAGAAAACAACAGCAAAGACGCGAGUGCAGACGAUAGCGACAUUGAAGUCGUCAACGGUAGUGGAGAUGGCCACGUUGCCAACAGGAGAACAGAGACUGUCAGUGAUGUAACCGUAACUAAAAUAAAUGACGACAAUGGAAAUAGCGACAUUGGUAUCAGCAACAGUAGUAAUAGUAGUGACUAUGGUAUGACUAUUGGGAGUACCCAUGGAAAUUAUGUCACCGGUGCCACAGGGUUCACUUUAGACAGUACAGGUGACAGUGAUGGUGAGACUGGGGGAGAUGAAAGCGGGGAUCUGAUGGACGACGAGUACGCAAAGCAGCUGAAAAAACAACUCUUGGAGUUCCUAAACAAUGAGCUAAGAGAAGACGAAGACGAUGAGAGCAUCGAGAGAGACAUAGAGAAGAUAAUAGGAGCAGGAACAGGAUCGGAUAUGGAUUUGGUAUUCGCAAGUGGAGAAGAUAACGAAAGCGAAACGACGGAAGGAGUGACGCUGUACCUUAACUCCUUCGUGCCCAACUUCAUAAACGUGAAUAACAUGUCGAGUAAAAUGUUCAAAGGACUAACGAAGGGAGAUAGCACGUAUAACAUAUACAACGAAGGAAAGAGUCUGUUGAACAGCAUAAGACUUAACACGUGGAACGAGUUCUCGAGCCAAUUCAACGUGUACAACUAUAACCUGCAGCUUAAUUUGAAAGAUAACCCGCUGGAAUUAUACCUGGCAAGUCAAAGAAAAAGAGGAAAAAAGAGUCGAGGAGGUAGGAGUGGAAGAGAAAAGAUGAAAAACAAAGCGAAGUCGUUGAGGAUGCUGGACGAGUUCUACCUCCUGAACCUGAGAAAGUUCGUACAAAACGAGUACCAGCACAUAUCGAACUUUGACACGUCACUGUUGAACAUAUUCAACGUAUUCAAGACGAUGAAUCCGUACAGACACUAUUUUAAGAAGAAGAAAACGGAAACGAAGGAAACGGAAAGUAAAACGAGAAGGGAGGAGUCGAAGCACAUACCGGACGACGAUGACGUGAAGCUGGACCAGGAAACGCUGAAUAAGUAUUUUGGACCAGUAGACUGGAAUGCAAAGCCGUUAGAGAGUACAGCUGCUGACGCCGUAGCCGUCAAGACGGUUAAGAGUAGCAGUGAGACUAAUAAAAUUAAAACCAUAAGAAUUGGAGGUAACAGCGAUGAGUCAGACUCAGCAGACGGUAAGCAAGAGAAGGAAAGUGGAAGUGGCAGUGGCGGUUAUGGUGGAGUAGGCGAGUCUGAGCGCAGCACGGGCGCCGGAACAGGGCCAGCGAGCGGAGAGACGGACAUAGAAGGGGCCAUGUGGUGUAACGACAUGAACGUGGACGUGACCUUCAAGGGAAAGGAAAAGAGCUUCAAGUCGCUGAGGACAGCAGCAAACGUGUUCCUGAUCCUCUUCAUGGCGAAGGCGCUGAGCGAAAUAGGGCUCCUGUGGCGCCAGUUUGAAGUGGUCGAGUCGGCAGCACAGGGAAGAACAGUGAGUCUGAUGACGCUCUCGCUGCUCAGCUUCCAGGACGUGCUGGACCUCUUCCUGCUGCUCUACCACGCAAACUCCUUCAUCGACAUGGCGCCAGGGUACCUGCUGAUGAUCAUCUCGAAGGCGCUGAUAAUAUGCAUGCUCUACCAGAACCUGAUCGUGCUGGUGUGGCGAGCCUCGCACUCGUACCACAUAAGAAGAGGCUGGAUGCAAACACAAAAGUCGUUUCUGCUGUUUUACAAGCUAGCUAUGCUAGGGAAGGCUAGGCCACACCAGGCGUACUACUUCACGUUCAUGGGAAUCGUGGUCAUCAUACUGUACUUCUUCUACGAGGCGUUCCCGUUCCUGAUCGUGCUCUCCUUCUGGUCGUGGGUGCCGCAGAUACUGCUCGACGUGUGGAGAGGACACAACAACUCGCUGAGCAUGGCCUUCAUCGUCUCCUCAGUGGUGCUGAAGAUGUUCUUCCCAAUAUACCUGUUCUUCACGCCGACAAACGUGUUCACCGUGGACAAGUUCGCCUCAGGAUACCUGGGACAAAAUCGCAAACUAGUGUACAUUAUAACCUUCAUAGCGUCAGUGCAGCUGAUACUGAUCGCAGUGCAGAGGCUUAAGGGGCCGCGCUCCUUCGUGAGCUGGUCAAUUCUGCCGAAGAUAUACUCGUACGUGCGGCCGUGGUCGAAGAUCAUGCAGGACGACGACCAGGAGUGCGUGAUAUGCAUGUACGACAUAGUGCAAUCAAACAGGGACUGGUGUCUGACGCCAUGUGACCACUUAUUCCACACGAAGUGCCUUAAGGAUUGGACGUCAAUCAAGUUAGAGUGCCCUAACUGUAGACGGCCAAUACCACCGAUAACACAUAAAGGCCAGUACCACGAUAACAAAGUUGUAAAGACCAAUAUUACCGAUAACAGAGUAGUAAAGGCCGAGUAA